CCCCGACCGCGUCCCCAUCACAUGUUGCCAUCAUAGUUUAUCUGGACGUACCAUUGAUUAUCUUUUGCCUCCUUUUCUCCUUUCGCCUCACCACGUACAAGACCCCAUCGCCACCGUGAUCGCUGCCAGCUAUGGAAGGUGAACCCAACAGUGCCGCUCUCCAUGAUGCGCGGAGACGAAGAGGCUCCGUUGGUACAUCGCAGCUUUUCGACAACAUUGUCUCGGCUUCCAACUUCGACAGAGAUGAGGUGGACCGACUCCGCAAGCGGUUUAUGAAAUUAGACAAGGACAGUUCCGGAACGAUCGACCGCGAAGAAUUCCUUUCCCUUCCUCAGGUUUCCUCCAACCCGUUGGCAACGAGAAUGAUCGCAAUCUUCGACGAAGACGGUGGCGGCGACGUCGACUUCCAGGAAUUCGUGUCUGGAUUGUCAGCAUUCAGCUCCAAGGGAAACAAGGAGGAGAAGUUGCGGUUCGCGUUCAAGGUGUACGACAUUGACCGAGACGGGUACAUUUCCAACGGAGAGCUGUUUAUCGUGCUGAAGAUGAUGGUCGGAAACAACCUCAAGGACAUCCAGCUGCAGCAGAUCGUGGAUAAGACUAUCAUGGAGGCGGAUAAGGAUCAAGAUGGCAAGAUCAGCUUCGAGGAGUUUACGGAGAUGGUGGAGAACACGGACGUCAGUCUCAGCAUGACACUGAGUAUGUUCUGAGCGAGUCGAACGAUCAGCGAAAGGAUCAUACUCCGCACCAUUCCACCAAGUCGGAUUUCCCUGUCGCCAUGAGGUGUUUAGCACGACACCUCGUUCCUUAUUCCUUAUUCUGCUGUUUUCACUGUCGUUGUUUUUUCUUUCUU